AUGGAGCUGGGCCCGGGGCCCUGCGCGCUGCCGCCCGCCGCUGGGGCCGGGGCCAGGGCGGCGGCGGCGGGGGGACCCUGCGCCGAGAUGCUGCAGGUGGCGGAGGAGGCCUUCCGCGGCGGCAACUUCGAGCUGGCGGCCGAGAUCUACGGCUCGGAGCUGGCGGGGCUGCCGCAGCCCGAGCGGGGCCUGUGCCUCCGCCGCGCUGACGCGCUGGCCAGGGCCGGCCGCAUGGCCGAGGCGCUGGACGCCUACGGCGCGGCGGCGCGGUUGGCGCGGCUGCGGCCCGAGGAGCUGCGGGAGCUGGCGGAGAGCGUCGCCCUCAGCAUCCGCGACAAGGAGCUGCGCCUCCCGCCCUGGGGGAGCGGCGCGGCCAGCGGCGGCGGGGCGGAGGGCGAGAGUCUGGGCGACCCGGCGUGCUGCCGCCCGCCCGAGCUCUUCGCCUGCCCGCUGUGCCGGCGGCUGCUCUGCGAGCCGGUGACCCUGCACUGCGGGCACACCCACUGCCGCCGCUGCGCCGAGCCCGGCGACUGCGGCCGCUGCCACCGCCCGCGCCGCCCCGCCGAGCCGACCCCUGCCGCCGCCGCACCGCCGCCGCCGGCCGCCGGCCGCCCGCGGGUCAACGUGGUGCUGGGCAACCUGCUGCACAAGUGGUUCGGCGCCGAGAGCCGGGCGCGGCGGCUCCGCGCCGAGGGCGACGCGCUGCGGGAGCGCCAGGAGCUGCCGGCCGCCCUGGAGAAGUACAACCAGGCCCUAGAGAUGGCUCCUUGCAAGUGUUCAUUAAUAGCACAGCGGGCAGAGCUCUGUACGUUGAUGAAAAACUAUCAGCAAGCUCUUCACGACGCGGACAUCCUGUGCCGGAACAAACCCCACUGGCCCGCGGGCCAUUAUGUGAAAGCAAAAGCUCUUUCUGGAUUGGAAAGGACUGAGGAAGCAUUGAAGGAGUUUCUUUAUUGUGUUGCCUUAAAUCCUGAAUGGAGCUCAAUGAAGAAAGAAGCCCAAAAGAUAAUGUGUGAGAUGUUUUUCCCAGCCUUUGAAAAUGUGCAUGAUAGUCUAACAGCACCUUUCUCUAGUCGAACAUCCCAUACAAGAUUGAAACCUGCAUUUCUGAGUAGCAUAAACACACAGUCACCUGUGGAAGAUAACUCUGUUGCUGGGUCCUCAAAGGAUACUAUGUUCAGGUUAACAAAAACCCCGUCCCAAGAAUCUGAUGUAUUCAGAAACACUGAUUCUUCUGUUACCCAUCACGUUCUGGAUCUCUACUUUGAUGACAACAAGAAGUCUUUGGGAGCUAUUCUCUCCAGUUUACCUGGGGUUGGCUUAAAAAGAAAGCUGUCCAGUGAUACGAGGGAUUUGCAGAGUUUGGAUGUCCCCAGUAAGAUUCUUAAAAAAGAUGGAGAUGUUUUACCUGAAAACACCACUGACACUUCAAGUGAAAUACCAACAACUCUGGUGGAUGCGUCGGACUUUGAGUGUUCCCUCUGCAUGAGGUUGUUCUACGAACCUGUUACCACACCCUGUGGACACACCUUUUGCCUCAAAUGCCUUGAGCGUUGCCUUGACCAUAAUCCGCUUUGCCCCCUCUGCAAGGAGAAGUUGUCAGAAUUUCUGGCAAGCAGAACUUACAAGAAGACCGUCCUUACAGAAGAGCUGAUAGUCCAUUACUUGCCAGAGGAAUUAUCUGAAAGGAAGAAAGUUUAUGAGGAAGAAAUGAAGGAAUUGUCAAAUUUGAAUAAAGAUGUUCCCAUCUUCGUCUGUACCAUGGCCUUUCCUACCAUCCCUUGUCCACUCCAUGUCUUUGAACCUCGUUAUCGCCUAAUGAUAAGAAGAUGCAUGGAAACUGGUACCAAGCAGUUUGGCAUGUGCUUAGCUGAUGAAUUAAAAGGAUUUGCAGAUCAUGGCUGUAUAUUAGAGAUCAGGGACGUAAAGUUUUUUCCUGAUGGACGCUCAGUUGUUGAUACAGUUGGUGUCCGUCGUUUUAGGGUCUUAAGCCAUGGCCAGCGAGAUGGAUAUAACACAGCAAACAUCGAGUAUCUUGAAGAUAAAAAGGUUGAAGGACCAGAAUAUGAAGAACUUGUUCGCCUUCAUGAUUCAGUCUAUGAUCAAGCUGUUGCCUGGUUUACUUCUCUUAAAGACAAUAUGAAAGCGCAAAUUCUCAAUCAUUUUGGAUCUAUGCCAGGAAAAGAACCAGAGCCACAGAGCAACCCCAGUGGUCCUGCCUGGUACUGGUGGCUCUUGGCAGUGUUGCCUCUGGAAAACAGAGCUCAGCUGGCUAUACUGGCUAUGACCUCCCUGAAAGAUCGUCUAAUCGCCAUCAGGCGUGUAUUGAUAUUUGUGACUCGCAAAAGACCCAGAUAACAUGGACUUGUGUUGUGAGUGGGCACCAAAAACAUCUCAUGACAGGUUGUUCUGGGGGAGGGCAAAGGGGAGGGGUUGUUUUUUUUGUAUUUUUUUAAGAUUCUUUCAAAAAGGAACAGCCCUUUCUGACUGUGUCCUGCAUCCAUUGAUUGCAUUGGUUUGUUAUCUGGGUAUUCACCAAACCUUGCACAUUCUCCUGUUGUCCUGGUGAAAACUGAGCCUCUACAGAGCUGCGCUACAUUUAGAAUGUAGCUGAUGGAUGUGGAUAAUUGCUUCAAAGUACUUA